GGUCAAUUUGAUAGAUGACGUUUCUAAUUAGUUUAAAUAUAAUCUGCUUAUUAACAUACUCAGCUAAAUUCAAACCUGGUGUUCUGGUAGGCAACUUGAUCAACUCCUUGAGUCAGGGAUGGCCAUGGGAAGUGACUGGACGGUGCAAAACUUGGACUUCUCAAGCUGUGGCGAGGAAGAGGGUAGUGACAGCAGUUUGGAUGAAUGGAGCUCCAGAAAUCCUCAGAUCCUAAGUCCCAACUCUGUGUGCAGGACACCCAUAGUGCAGCGUCAUUGCACCAGGAGCUUCACCAUAUCCCCAUCCAUCCCAGUUUCACCGACCACCCCUAUUCCCUAUGCCGCCUGGAGGAAACUGAGGCUCUGUGACUCCCCCAGUACUCCCAAGAGUCUGCUGUCCAAGUCAGCUCUGCCCAGUUCCAGCACCAAGAUAUGCCGCAGUCAGAGGGCUCUGCAUUUCGCCACUUCCACUGACCCUGCCCAGUGCAGCCGUAUGUCCUCUGUCAAUGUGAACCCCUUCACCCCCGACACGUUCCACAGGACCAGGGAGCACUACAAGAGGAAGAGUCGGAGGAGUGACGAUGACGACUAUGGAUGCAGAAUGAAACCGAGCCAUACGUCAUCAUCAGAGGAGGAUGAUGAUUCAUUUCUCCCGUCCAAGAGGCAGGCUGUCCAGGCUUUCAUGCUGUCUAGGUAUGAGAGUGAAUUUCUGGAGCUUGGACACAUCGGUGCGGGGGAGUUUGGAGUGGUGUGCAAGUGUGUGAAGAGGCUGGACGGCUGCUUGUACGCCAUCAAGCGCUCUCGCCGACCACUUGCCGGGUCUGCCAAUGAGCAGCUGGCCUUAAAGGAGGUGUAUGCACAUGCUGUACUUGGGCAUCACCCCCAUGUCGUCCGCUAUUACUCAGCAUGGGCUGAAGAUGAUCACAUGAUCAUACAGAAUGAGUAUUGUGACGGUGGGAGUCUCCACGAUGCCAUAUUAGAGAAGGAGGCAAGUGGAGAGCUGUUUCCGGAGCUGGAGUUGAGGGAUCUACUUCUGCACGUUUCCAUGGGUCUCAAGUAUAUUCACAGCUCUGGCCUUGUGCACCUAGACAUUAAACCCAGUAAUAUCUUCAUCUGCCAAUGCUCGAGCGCAGGUGGAGCGGGUGAGAGUGAGGAGGAAGAGGACGGAGGCCCUUCAACAGGGGUGGUUUAUAAAAUUGGUGACCUGGGCCAUGUGACAUCCAGCAGCAGUCCACAAGUAGAGGAGGGGGACAGCCGCUUCCUCGCCAGCGAGGUCCUGCAUGAGGACUACAGCAAUCUGCCUAAGGCGGACAUAUUUGCACUAGGCCUGACUGUGCUGCUGGCAGCAGGGUCGCCCCCUCUCCCUCAGAAUGGAGAUGAAUGGCACAGUCUCAGACGGGCACAGUUACCCAGCCUGCCCCAGGAGCUCUCCCCUGCUUUCAGAAGUCUCAUUCAGACUCUGCUGGAUCCGGAGCCAUCUCAACGACCCUCUGCGUCAGCGCUAUGCAGACAACCUGUUUUGAGGAAGGAGAGGACUGGGAAGCUUGCUGCUCAACUGCGCAGAGAGCUCAAUGUGGAGAGGUUCAGGACAGCCAUGCUGGAAAAAGAGCUGCAGGAGGCUCGUUUGUCAACACUGUCCCCACAGCAGGCUUUUCCCCCUAGUCUACAGCAUCCCAUUAAUACAGGGUCUUUGCCCAAAGCUGGGCGGAGGCUGGUCGGUAGGAAUGCUGCCCGGUCCGUGAGCUUUGGAUGCCCAGGGUAUGGAGUGUGAAAGGUGAUCACAUGCUGGGCCUUAUUGGAAGUACCAGAACACUGAUUUUCCUUGCUGCAAAGUAUUGGACUUUCCCCUGACUCAAGGGACUUCUUAGACUGGCUCAAUAUAACUUGGUGAGCAGCAAGGUAAAAAGUUACCUAGAAGAGCCUGUGGUGGUUUUAUUUUGUGCAUCAGUGUCGUAGAAUCGCAGCAUGUUGGACUAAUUUAUAUCAGAGCGGGAAGGAUUUGAUGCAAAACUCCAUUAAUUCCUUGUGUAGCACUUCUGCCAUUCAGUGUUUAACUUUUGUGGAGUAGUAGGUUUUACUUUGCAAUAAUUUGGGCCAUUGAGAACUGCUGCAGACACCAGUGAAUGCAAUGCCAAGUCAGCAAUGUUUUAUUAACAUCAGUGAUUUGUUGCUUUUUAUAAUGUAAAUAAACUUUUAAGGUCUUAUGAAAUGGC